CCAUCCUCACCUCCACUCUUCCUCAUCUCAUGCCAUCUGUCCACUCCAAAACCUCCCUUCUUUCUUCACUUCUACCCAUCGAAAAAUAAUUGCAACAUGUCCUCGGCUUCUGUCUCCAUGCCCACGGCUUCUCCUCCCUCAGGCUCGAUGACCAUGCCCAGCGGAAGGCCCUCUGUCGCCCCAGGUCCCGUCAUCACCAGCGGCACAAUGGCUCCAUCUUCUUCCGUCGCUGUUCCUUCGACAAACAUGACCAUGUCUAUGACCAUGUCCUCUGUCACGAGAACCAUGUCCAUGAUCACGUCUGCCCCAACGGCAACGACCGCCACAAAGCCCUCGGCUGCAACCAGCUUGCAAAAGAAGAUCUCCGCCGUGUUCUUGGUCAUGACCAUUGUCCCUGCUAUCUUCAACGCACUAUGAAUGUCUGUAGUUAUUUCUCGCUCGAUGUAAUAAAGCUAAC